ACAACAGCCUCUCUGCUUAAAAAGAGACUUUUUUCUCCUCUUUUUAGUAGUUCUCUUAAGACUGAUCCUAUCGUUGCUUGGCUCAGCAGCUUUUCAGAAAGUCUUAUCCUUGCAUACAGCUGCUGUAUUUCAUUCUUUCUCAAAUACAGGAGAAUUCAUCUUCUUCAGCUGAGGCUCUCCUCUGUGAGACAUCUGAGGAUGAAGAGGCCUCCAAUCUUACUGCUAUGUGCCCUCAUAGGAGUCCUGCUCGUGGAACUCUCUCCUGAACUUUAUGCCCAGGAAGUUAUUGCAGGUGGAAAGCGAGACAUUGUUUUCCUAGUUGACAGUACAAUUGGAUCAGUGUCCAUGGUGUCUUUGCGGGAUUUCAUCAAGCGAUUUGUUGAGCCAUGGGUCAUCGGUCCAAAUGCAGUUCAAGUGGGCGUCGCGCUGUUCAACUCGUCCCCAAGCCUCCUCAUGGACCUCAACACCCAUGAAACCAAGGAGCAAUUGAUUGCUGCUUUGGGUGAAAUGAAACCAACACCAGGACAGACGGUGAACAUUGGAGCGGCCUUGGAUUUUGUGCGGUUGAACAUGUUGAUAGCUGAGAAAGGGAGUCGUUUUCAGCAGGGAGUACCCCAGCUUCUACUGCUUGUGACCAGCAAAAACUCCAGUGAUGCGGUGGAACAACCUGCCAGCGCCCUCAAGCACAUGGGUGUUUUGACUCUGGUUGCAGGCUCCAGGGCUGCUGAUGAGCAGCAGCUGAAGCAGAUUGCUUUGGCGGACCAACUUGUGUUCAUGACUCCUAACUUCCGAGGACUGUUUCGAAACCCGAGGGAAAUUGUUGACGCUCUGUCUACUCUGACUGGGGUGACAGCAACUGAAGCGCCCACCGAGUCAGUGGAGGCGAUCAGUCCGAAAAACAAAACAAUGCCGCCCCGAGACGUAGUCUUCCUUCUGGAUGGCUCAGAUCACAUUGGCAGCAGUAACUUCCCAUCUGUGAGAGAUUUCAUAAUCAACGUGGUCAGUCAGCUGGAGGUGCAGCCUGAAGGGGUCCAGAUUGGUCUUGUGCAAUUUGCUUCACAUCCAAAGGUAGAAUUUUACCUGAACAGCUAUGACAACAAGCAAGAUAUCGUGAACAGAACCUCUGAGCUCAGUCUGAGUGGAGGUUCGGUUCUGAACAUAGGCGCUGCCUUGGAUUAUACGCUGGUUCAUAUGUUCCAGCAAUCAUCUGGGUCACGAAGGAGCCAAGGGGUCCAACAGAUGCUGAUUCUGAUCACAGGUGGUCCAUCCCAUGAUCGGGUCAAGUCAGUGGCUGAUAAAAUGGCUCUAGCUGGUGUUUUGGUUUUAACUGUCAGCUCUGGACAAGCAGAUGAGAACCAGCUGAGAACCGUUGCCUUCGUCCCACGACUGGCUUUCCAUAAAACCCAUUUUAAUGAACUACCAGCUGUGGCACAACUCGUAAUACCAUUUUUAAGAAAUUUUUAACACCCAAGAACCAGAGCAAAUCAGUUACCGUACUUUCGCCACUAUAAGGCGCACAUAAAAGCCUGUAAUUUUCUCAAAACCCAACAGAGCGCCUUAUAAUUCGAUGCGCCUUUUUUGUGGGUAUUACGGUAAUCACCCUGAUCACAUGAGCAAACAACCCCUGCUUACUAAGCUGCUAAGCUAGCUAGUUCAUGCAGAACGCCAAACAUGAAGCUUCAGGCACGUUCUCCACCUCCAACCUGUCAGUCACCAUAAUCACACAAUUGUCCUCCACUCUCCUAACCGCGGAGCACGACGUGGGAAGCGGCUGGACGCCGGGCGGCAGCCUGCACGCUGCGAUUCCGAGAACGGCCGGCCCCCGCCCGGCAGCCCACCUGCCGGGACGCCGGGAGCGACUGGCCGGCUGCGGCUGAGCUGUCGGUGGGGCA